AUCCUAGGAAAAUCUGAAAUUCGCUCAAAAUUCGCAAUAAUUGAAAGAAAUGGUGAAAAAGAAUACUGCAACGCAAAUAAACCUCCGAAGAUCGUCUACUCGGAGGAAAAUUAUAUCCAUAUUGUGUUUCGAAGAUAUGAUGAACCCAGAAAAAAGUUUUUAGGACGGGAAGGUUUUAGGCUGCAAUACAGGACAAAAAGUUUUACGUUAGAAAAAUGGACGGAUACAGAAACUUUCCUGUAUCCAUAUGUCAUUUCUCUGCAAAAAUCGAUGAGGGCUACACAAGUUCGUUCGAAGAAAUUCAGAAAGCGCUACACUGUAUUUAAAUCAUCAAUAUCUUGGUAUGACGCAAGAUCUGCCUGCUGGUCACGAAAUGAGCAUCUUAUAACAAUACAAUCACAAAAAGAAUUGAAAUAUAUAAAUUACCUUCUUCGAGAACAAAGAUACGACGAUCAAAGAAUUGACAAAUAUGACUCAAAACAUUUAAGUUUCAAGGCACACAUAGGGUUAUCGCGGAGCAUUGAUACGGAUAAAAAGAAUAGAUUUUAUUGGGUAAACAGUCAUGAAGUCACUUUCACUGCAUGGACAUUUGGUCAGCCAUCAGUUGGAGACUGCACUCGGACAAACUUCCGGUCAUUCAAUAUGGACAGAACAUGGGAGACAGAAGAUUGUAAAAAUGAACUUGCAGACUAUUUCAUCUGCCAGACUGAAGAAGAAAACGCAAAAUUAAACGUUUUUAACAAAGGAAUGUGCAACUCGUUGUCAAAGAAAAACAAAAUUAAAAUCAAUUACUCCUACUCUGGAAAGGCUUGUCAAAGAUGGAGUAAUGUAACAGAAAAUAACCAUUUGGUAGUUGAUAAAGACAGGAAUUUAUUUAACAUAAAUUCUGAUUUGUGUGAAGAUACCUCUGACUCUGGAAUAUUUGGUUGCAAUGUGAAUGACACUGUGAUAUCGUGGGAGCCAUGCUUCUUCUCACAAGCCGAUUCCGUGUCUGUGAUAACGGAGCGUUUUGGUGAUCAUUUUUCAUGCAACUCUACGGGACGCCUUAUACCACUGGUGAAUAAAUGUGAUAAAACGUUCCAUUGUGAAGACAAAACCGAUGAAAUGAAUUGCACUAUGAACGAACAUGACAUUGUGCAGGACGUUGAAUUGUUCCCGACAAUUUUUCCUGUCAGACGGAUAGGAGAAGGAUCCUAUUUCCAAUGUGGAAGUAAGGAAUGGAUUUCCAUAGCUGCAAAAUGUGAUACUGUAAUAGACUGUUUAGAUGCAUCUGAUGAAAUUGACUGUUUGCGAAGUAAUGCAGGAUGCAACAAUAACGAAUUUGCUUGUGCUGAUGGAAGCUGUAUAAAGCUAGGUCAAGUCUGUGAUUUUAAACCAGAUUGCACUAAUGCAGAGGAUGAGUUUUGUGAGCUUCGGAAUUGUGGACUGGAUGAAUAUGUAUGCAAUAAUAAGCAGUGUAUUCCUCACAGCAAGAGUUGUGAUGCAGUCCCGCACUGUAUAGAUGGUAGCGACGAAAUAAAAUGUGCCUCUUGUCGAGAUUCCUUCCAUUGCGAUGUUGAUAGAUGUAUAAGUAAUAAACUGGUUUGUGACAAAGUGCGUGACUGUCAAGAUGGCAGUGAUGAAAGUGAUUGCUCGAACUACAAAGUUUUAACGUGCGGGGAUUUGUGGGAGAAAGGAUAUCAUGAGUCAGGUCAAUAUCUCAUAGACGGUAUAGAUGUGUACUGUGACUAUAAAUUGACAGGAGAAAGAUCUAAAACAAUUACAAUGGAAAUCAGUAAUUUAGAUUUGGAUACAAGCAAUGCUAUAUACACACUAUCUCCCAGGAAGAUGAAGAUGAUUUUGACUGGGCGGGGUUUAUUCCACGAUUUGGUUUUCAGGAACAACAGUAUUUGCACGAUUGAUGUCAAAAGUACAUGUUACCUACCAGAAAACGCUGCAUCAAUUUACGACUUGAACUAUCAACAAUCUAUAAAUAUCACUUGUCAAUGCUCAAUCAAGACUUUAAAGUUAGCCAAGGUUACCUUUGAGUACAAACCUCGGUUUUUCUGGUAUGGUCGGAGAAAACGAGAUGAUUCUACAGGUCAACAUGACAAUAAUUAUGAAUUAUCAGAUAACCACAGGGAGCACAAACAAUUUGCAUCUUGCGAUGGAAAUGAAACGGUUCGUUACGGCCUUACUUACUACACAUUUAACAAAAAUAAAUUAGAUGUUAAUCUAAGCGUGACGGAGGGAACAGUUCCGAUUGACAUCAGAUUAAGGAAGAUUCUGUGCACUUAUAAUUACUCCGUGCCAGUUGAUGUAGACUUAUAUGAUUGUUACGGAGAUAACACGACGAUAAGAAAAUCUCAAAUGUGUGUAUAUAAUGAAGAUGCAACAGGUUAUAUAAUAGGAUGUAGGUCGGGGAUGCAUCUGCAAAAUUGCGACGACUUUGACUGUCCCCGAAAUACAGUAAAAUGUCCAAACAGUUACUGUAUUUCCUUAAGGUUUGUUUGUGAUGGGAGGUUCCAGUGCCCUGGUGGGCAAGAUGAACAUAAUUGUACCUGUGACAGUCAAGCUAGAGACAUCAUUAUAAUGAUAGAGGAUACAAAGAGACCGACACAUAGUCAAACAGCCGCUGAACUAUUAGCAAAGCAAUUUGCGUUUGGAAACAGUGAAGUUAGGUUACUGUAUUUUAAAGGCGAGUCCAGAAUUCACAAUUUUCCUCUUGAACAUCGACUUUUAGAAAUACGUGAAAAGUAUAUGAUUGACUACGACGCAAUUGAUUCCGACUGUACUUAUAAAACUAUGGCUCGUAACUUACUUCCGUCUUUACAAUUUUCAAAUAGAGAAACGAAAGCUAUCAUAUUCAUAGAAGAUAGCAUAGAGUCAUCUACUGUCGCUAAGAUCAUGUUUUUAAAUAUAUCUAGUAAAGCAUUCAAAAUGUAUCGUGUCAUUAAAAACUUCAGUUAUUCAGUCGACAAUAAAAGAACAUAUGAUUUUGUGAAUGAUGUACGCAUCUACAGAUGGAAUUCAUUACACGCUGUAGGAUAUAGGCUUUUCCCAGAAAUAUGCAAAGAAGCGUCAUAUGUGCCAUGUGCUGGUGGAUUUAGAUGUUACUCCAGUAAGCAAUGUAUACCGCUGAACCAAGUAUGUGACGGAAUAGCUCAAUGUAUCAAUCGCGACGAUGAACACAUGUGCGAUUUUGAAUGUCAUCAAAAAUGCAAGUGUGGAGACGGAGCUGUGGAAUGUCGAGAGGCUAAUUUAACUAUUUCAGAGAUACGUGCUCUGUCGAGAAGAACCCGAAGUGCAGACCUUAGUCAUAACAUUAGAAUCAAGGAUGUUUUAUCAACUGAAAAUCUUCAUUUUCCUUUCAUGUUGAAUUUAGAUGUCUCAUAUUGUAAUAUAGAAGUUGUAAGCAAUAUGGCAUUUUCAGACAUAAAUAAUUUAUUGAAACUCAACUUGAGCUACAAUAUAAUAAAAAAACUGACGAAUAAUGUGUUUGGAGAUCUUCGUCAUCUCGUCGAGAUAGAUCUCGAUGGAAAUUCCGAAUUAAUGGAGAUAUCUUCUUUCGCAUUUCAAGGUUUACAAAGUAUUAAAGCAAUAAGAAUAUCAGGAACUAAAUUGAAGAAAAUUUCAACACUUACAUUUUCAAAUUUGAAAUUGCAAAAUAUUGAUAUAUCAAACAAUGACAUUUGUGAAAUUGAAAAUUAUGCAUUUAGCAAUACAUCUGUUAAUAAGAUUAACUUUGAAGGUAACAAAAUCAUUAAAUUUCAUAAGUUUAUUUUUAAAGAUGUUUUUUCACUAAACGAAUUACGUACACCUGCGUAUAAAUUUUGCUGCAUACGUCCAUGUUAUGUCAAAGAAAGAAACUGUUAUCCUCCAAAAAAUGAGUUUUCUUCUUGCGAUGACCUAAUGAGACAUCCAAUUCUGCAGGCAGUUUUAUGGCUUGUGGGGCUAGCUUCGUUAUUUGGAAAUCUCGGAUCAAUUGUUUAUCGAAUUGUGUACGACAGACAAAGACUAAAAAUAGGUUAUGGAAUAUUUGUGACGAAUUUGGCAUCCGCUGAUUUCUUAAUGGGAAUAUAUCUUAUAGUGAUAGCAUGUGUUGAUUCCGUUUAUCGAAGCAGGUAUAUUUACAUGGAUGACCAAUGGAGAAACAGCAUAUGGUGUACCCUGACCGGAUUUUUGUCAACAGUUUCUUCUGAAGCAAGCGUCUUUUUCUUGUGCCUAAUAACAAUUGAUAGACUUCUUGUAAUCAAAUAUCCUUUUGGACACGUAAGGUUUACACCAAAGAGCGCGAAUAUUUGCUGUUGCAUUUGCUGGGUAAUUGCAACUACUUUGGCGGCUGUUCCUAUUUUUCACACAAGCUAUUUCAAGAACAAGUUCUACUCCAGAUCUGGAGUAUGCAUUGCACUACCUUUGUCACGUGAUAAACCUCCGGGCUGGAUGUAUUCCGUGUCAAUAUUUGUCGGGUUAAAUUUCGGAACCUUUAUCCUUGUUGCAUUUGGUCAGUUGUCAAUCUUCUUGGAACUUCGAAAAUCUAGCAUGGGUGGCAAGAAAACACAGAAAUCAAGAAAAAGGGAUCUGCAAGUAGCCAAAAAUCUUAUCCUUGUUGCAACAACCGAUUUCCUUUGCUGGUUUCCAAUAGGACUUAUGGGGAUUAUGUCAUUGAAUGGACACGUAAUCUCUGGUGAUGUUUAUGCAUGGACAGCAGUGUUCAUACUUCCUUUGAACUCGGCGUUAAAUCCAUUUCUAUACACACUUUCGGCUAUAAUUGGGAAAAAGACUUUUAAUCCAAGUGUAGAGGAGCAGAGCAGAACUGAAAUUGAGAGAGAAAGAGGUUCGGCUAUCUUGCAGUACACAGAUUUUAGUCGAUCGGUUAGAACUAAACGAGAACUUGUGCCAGGUGGGAAGACAAGAAUGAUCAAGGAUGUGCUUGAUGAAAACAUGUCUGUAGCAAGUGUAACUGCAAUAUCUUAUCAACUUGCCAAUUAUCUAGAUCUUCUUCAUAAUUCAUCUAUUACCGUUGAGAAUCUUUCAGAAACCAACAUUUUCAUCCGAUACAGAAACACAAAGGCAAAAAGACCAAUUAUUGUUCUGGAUACAAAAAUGACCAUUGUGGACGACGAUAAAAAGAAAGCGGAUACUAUGUAUAAAUAUGGAUGUCUUCUUCGAAAGAUGAUCGCAAGGUGCAAAUCGAAAGAAUAAACGCUUCCGAAAAAGUUAAAAAAUACAAAAUUGUGUGUACAUUGUUUCUAAGGAAGAUAUAUUUGAAUAAUACGAAAAGGUUUGUUGAAUAAAGUAUAGAAAUAUACGUUAUAUUGAUGAGUAUUGAUGAGUAAGGAAAUGAAAUAUAAGUAUCUUUCCCAACAAAUUAAAUGAUACUAACAUUACGUGUGCGAGCUAUCAUGACAUGUUGUAUAGUGCAGACAAAUGUAGAAAAAAGAAUAUAAAGAUUAUUGUUAGUAUACGAGUUGCUGUUUAAACUGUCUUGUUGUUAUAAACGUAGUUAGUAUUGUUGUUUGUAUAUUUAUUUUUAAUUAUUGUAAACAUUUCCAUGUUAGUGUGAGUAUUCAUUACUACUGUAUCGUGUUUGCUGUUGUUAACAACGUAAUCAUAACUAGAUUAUGGUGUCACUGACGUUUACCUCUGAUUAAAGUCAAGAUAGUCAUUAUUUUGUUCAUUUUAUACUGAUAGAUCAUGCGUGCUUGAAAUAAUGUCAUAUAUCUAAAAUUUCUAUUCGCCUACAUAAUUUUAGUAUUAACGGUAAUUUGAUUUUGGAUUAUUUGUAAUGUAAAUUUACAUUAUACUUUUUGUAUAUUUUGUAUGUGUUUAUUUGAUGUUUCUUGUAUGUUGUUGAUAUAAAAUAUUUAAUCGCUGUAUAAAUUAUAGUCACGUAACUUAUUUAAUAUUUGUUUUUAUUAUUAGUUCGUUUGUUUUAAUUUUUACAGUUUCCGUUUUUUAUAAUAAUAUACAUCAAGGACUUUUAUCUGAUUUUGAUAUUGGUUUUAUAAGUUAGAUAAAUAUAUGAUAUUUGUUGACAUUAUAAAUAUUUUAAGUAUUGAAUAUGUCCUAAGAUUUAAAAUAGCGACGCAAAUUUUACAAAUUUUGGGCACAAAAUUCAAAAGUAAUCUCGAGAAAUAAAUUGUGUUCGCUUAAAAUGUUUCUGUUUUUUUAUAUAUAUGUUCUAAGAUCAUGCUAUAUUUAAACAAGCUCUUUUAUACAGCUUUCAUUUUUGUCAUUAUGAAAAUAUUACAUGCCCCUAUAAUAACCUUAAUAUGUUUUGUGAAUUAGUUUUUAUUAUAAUGUGCUUACUUAUUUGCGAUUUGACAAAUAUACUUUGAUUACUGAUAUAAAUAUUUUACCUGAGUCUCAUCCGGCACUCAAGCUGAACUCAAGUCGUUAUGUCAUUCUGACUUUAAAAACCCAACACAGCAACAUGGUUAGCUUUCUUUUGCCCUUUGCCAAACCACCAUUUACAAUUGUUUAAAAUGAAACUUCCUCUUUAACCACAUUGCAUGAAAAUAUUAAACUCACCUAUAUUCCUUGAAUGAAGCUCUGCCAAAGUGUUUUGCAAAAUGAAACCGGUUAAUUGCAGUUCGUUUUACUCUAAUAAUUAGCAAAUACAUGUACAAAAGUAUACAUAUUUCUUAUCAUACCUUUAACUCAUUAUCUCUCAUUUUCUAUCAAUGUUUUUUAAGCUUUCUUCAAUUUUUAUCUGCUAUCUUUUCAUUUAUCACUUUUCGUUAUUUUUUCAAUUAUCUUUUCCGUUAUUACCCUUUUAAUUAAAAUUCAGUCUAUUUAUAUGAUUCCUUUGUGAACAUAACGUCAAAAUGAAAGUAGGGCUCCCCGUAAAAACUUGGUUAAUAUUGACGUCACGAUAUAAUUAUAGAUAACAAAAUGGCGGACUUAUUGCAGACAAUAUUUGAUUUUGAAGAUAAAUGGCAUAUAUAUAACAUAUAAACAAUCAAUCAUGACAGGAUAUGAAUGCAAGUUAAUUUGAAGCUGAGACAAUAAUGUUAUGUUUAAAUGUUAUCGCUUAAUUUAUUGAAUAUCGUAACAGCAUAGCAAACAAAUGUUGUCACUGAAACGGAGUGGGUUGGGAACAGCCUAUCAAAUGUAUCGUUGCGCAGUUAACCCUUUACAAGUUUAUUCAAAUCGUAAUUUGUGUGCCUUAAUUCCUGACACUUGGGACCAACCUGGCUACGCCUCGGGGAUCACUAGUUUUUUUACACAAACUUAUUUUUUUAAAUAGAAUGCAUUAUAGUAGUAUUUUUUGUGUAGCAUUGUGUAGUACACCAUUUUUGUUCAGUUCAUAAGGUAAAAAUUUGUCUCGCCCUUUGGGCACUUUAUCUUACAUGCGUGUAUUAAGUGAAAAUCUUUUAACUUAUUCUUGCAAAGCACGAGACAUUUAGUUUUGUCUAGAUAUUGUCUAGCAAACUCGUAUUUAUUUUACUCAAAUGCAGUGGAAUUUAUCUCAGCAAUUUACUGCAAUGAUGGCAGUCUCGUUUUCUUAUAUUCAAUUAUACAUGUAUUCAAUUAUGAUAAAAAGAAACUUUAUUAGAUUUUAUUAAAUUUUUAUUAGAUACAAUUUUUUAUUGUUGUGGUUAUAUUUCUUGUUGUGUCCAUAUAGAUUCUUAUGUAAAAUUGUUUAUUGUAAAAUUGCUUUUUUUAUGUAAAGAUUUUGUUGUUUAAGUUUCUUUUUAUUUCAUUUUAUUUUAACUAUUUGUUAGGGUUAUAUCAUCAAUUUUAAUGCUUUAUGUAGAACCUACUCUCAAACAUAACUGAACAGAGAAAAAGUAAAUUUGGCAUUUUAACCGAACAAAUCACAAUCAACUUGUACAUUCGUCUUUUUGCUUUAACUUCAAAAUAAACUUGAAAUAGACAUUCAUAGUUUUAGUGCUUACUUCUGAUAUUUGAAGCAACAGAUGGACAAGAUAGGCGCUCAUUUUAACAACGAUCAAUCCAUGGGAGUUUCAUAUAAAUAAUGUCAAAGUCUUAAGCGUCGAGUACCGCUGAUUUUAUUGAUACAUAAAUAAUGUCAAAUCAUUAAAAAUAAAACAAUUCAUUAAGUUCACUUAUGAGGGUUUUUGUAUUAAUAAGGCACUUCCUUGGUUUCAGUUUGAGCUUGAAGAAAAAAUUAAGCAUGGCUUGUGUAACUUGAAGUUAAAGCCGCAUUCAAUACAAUUUUUUGUUCAAUCUUAAACCUGCACAUAUUUUGCACAUGUAUCAAGUCUAUACAUUUAUAAGAGAAAAGUGGCGAUCCCUCCGAAGCAUUAAAAACAACAAAACCAGACGAAAACUGCAGAUUCGGUUUGAUUGAGUCUGUACAUAAGGUAUAAUGAAAAUGUGCA